AGGACCCACAUUACAAAAAUACGCUUUUCUCACACACAAACGCCCCACGCUCGGCUGAGCACUUUCCCGCCGUCUUCAGACCGUCACACCCUCGGUCGUGACAGGUUUCUGCCUCCACUGCCUUCCCCACCGCCGCCAUGCCCUCCUCCGCCGCCCGGGCCCUCACAUCCGUCUCCCGCGCAGCCUUCUCCUGGAAGCCGACGGGGCGGCCGCAGCAAACGCUGGCGGCGGCGGUGAGCAGGUCGGGCGUGGGGCUCCACUCGGGAGCGCGCGUCACCGCCACGCUGUUUCCGACGCAAGCUGGAGAGGGUAGGUAUUUCCUCGUGGAGGGUGAUGAGGAGGCGAGGGUAGCGGCAGAGGUGGGGAACGCCGAGCCACUGUCGCAGCUCUGCACGACGCUUCGUCGGGGCGAAGGCGCCCACACGCGGGUCCGGACGGUGGAACACCUUCUUUCGGCGAUGGAGGCGCUUGGCGUCGACAACUGCCGUAUCGAGGUUAGCGGCGGGGAUGAGAUUCCUUUGCUUGAUGGAUCAGCGCAAGAGUGGGUAGAGGCAGUACAAGGCGUUGGCUUGUGUGCGGCAGAGGAUGCCAAUGGGGAAAAGUUGGAUAAACUGGCGCCUGAAAUUCAGGAGCCUGUUUACCUACGGAAACACGAUUGCUUUAUAGCUGCAUUCCCUAGCCCACAAAUCCACAUAACCUGUGGCAUUGAUUUCCCAAAGGUGCCAGCGAUUGAGUGUCAAUGGGUUUCUACAUUCCUGGAUGAUAAUAUAUACUCAAGCAAGAUUGCGCCUGCAAGAACUUUCUGUAUAUUUGAAGAGGUUGAAAAAAUGCGUGCUGCUGGACUCAUCAAAGGAGGGUCACUAGAAAAUGCUAUGGUUUGCAGCAUAUCUGGUGGCUGGCUGAAUCCACCACUGCGGUUCGAGGAUGAACCUUGCCGCCACAAGAUUUUAGAUCUUAUUGGUGACUUCUCGCUGUUUGCACAGAAUGGUAACCAGGGCUUUCCAAUUGCUCAUAUAAUUGCCUAUAAGGCUGGUCACGCGCUGCACACUGAUUUCCUCCGCCAUCUGUCUGGAAAGAUCACUGUGGACCAAGAGCAGCUUGCUGGGCGGUGUUCAGAUGUGCACGGCUCAUGUUCAUCGUAUGUUCGGUAGUGGUUAGGAUAGAAAGAGGUGCAUUUCAGGACAAGCACGCGGUGACACCCCUCGUUUCUCAGUAUAAGGCUAGUACUGAGAUGAGGGUUCUACUGUGACAUUUUUCCUUCAGAUUCGUGGGCUGCAACAGCCAUGGUCUUUCAGAAAAUUGAAUUUUGCCGGCCCGUGUGGAGUUUUGGUAACUUGGUAUGGAAGAUCAUUUUUUUCCCAUCGUACUUUGAAGUUUGCGGAUGUGGCCGGGCCGUGUCUGUUCUUUUGAUGGCUGAACCCAGGUGGGGGUGGAGUCCGGUGGACGCUCCAGGAAGCAGGGACUGCAGGUGGGGGUGGAUUUUAUUUGUAUUUAUUGAACUAUAAUUAUAGAGCUCUAGUUUAUUGUUCUA